GCAAAGUAAAGUCGAGUCGCGGCGGAGCACGAACACUUAGAAAAACAAGUCAACACGCAAAACUCAAGGCACAAUAAAGUGGUGGCUUUUCGACAUUGACACCAAGUUUCAUCUGAGUGUAUAAUUUCAAGACCAACUUCCAACCAGACUUCAUUUUGAGAGCACUGAAUCGACGAGUGUAACUUUCGAGGACAUAUAUCAAAUCAGGAGAGAGCUGAGCUGCGCAUUUCAAGCUCUGUAAGCCAUGGCUUACGUAAUCAGAACGUUGCCCCUUGGGGUUCUGUAUGUACUCUUAUGCCAAAUUGUUUGCCUGAGAUCCUCUCCGGACGAGCUGGUUCCCGCUGUAAGCUCGGAAAAAGACAUUUUUACAAACACCUAUGCAGUUCACAUUACCGGUGGGAUAGAAGAAGCCAACCUUGUUGCUGAAAAACACGGAUUUAUUAAUUUAGGAGAGGUCGUCGCAAAUCAUUAUCACUUUUUGGAUCAUCACUCCAGAGAACAGAGGUCACUAACGGCAAAUACAGAAAGACAUCUUCAUUUAAAAGACGAACCCAAAGUUCAUUGGGUGGAGCAGCAAGUCGCAAAGAGUAGAAGGAAACGAGACAAUGAGGAACCACAAGAGUCGCCCCUUAACGAUCCAAAAUGGCCGCUCUGGUAUCUGAAACGCCAGCCUGGCCUUGAUAUGAAUGUUAUCCCCGCCUGGGAAAAAGGCUACACGGGGAAAGGCGUAGUGGUAUCCAUUCUAGAUGAUGGUAUUGAGAAAAAUCAUCCAGAUCUUAACGCUAACUAUGACGCACCAGGGAGUUUUGAUUUGAACGAUAACGAUGCGGACCCUCAACCUCGGUAUUCACCCGGAAACAUCAACAGGCAUGGUACCCGGUGUGCUGGGGAGGUGGCAGCCCUUGCCAAUAACAGUAUAUGCAGCGUGGGGAUUGCAUACAAUGCUAGGAUUGGAGGGGUACGUAUGCUGGAUGGGGACGUAACAGACGCAGUGGAGGCUAGAUCGUUAAGCCACAAGCCGCAGCAUGUAGACAUUUACAGUGCAAGCUGGGGACCUGAUGAUGAUGGCAAGACGGUGGACGGCCCUGGAAAACUGGCUAAGAAGGCGUUCUGUGAAGGCGUUACAAAGGGUCGUCAUGGACUCGGCUCGAUCUUCGUCUGGGCUUCUGGUAAUGGCGGCCGGGCCAAAGACAGCUGCAACUGCGACGGCUACACUAACUCCAUCUACACCAUAUCAGUCAGCAGUGUGUCAGAGGGAGGCAAGAUUCCCUGGUACUCGGAACCAUGUGCAUCAACGUUAGCAACCACGUACAGUAGCGGGGGUCCUAAAGAAAAAGAAGUUAUAACAACAGACCUUAAUCUAGGAUGUACAGAUCGCCACAGUGGAACUUCGGCAUCAGCGCCGCUCGCUGCUGGGAUGUGCGCCCUCGCACUGCAAGCAAACCCUCAUCUGACAUGGAGAGAUUUGCAGCACAUUAUUGUCAUGACGUCUAGAUCAGAUCAUCUAGAAGCAACAGACUGGCUCACUAACGGCGCAGGCUACAAAGUGAGCCAUUCUUAUGGAUUUGGUUUAAUGGAUGCUGACGCUAUGGUGACGAUGGCCAGGACUUGGAAUCGAGUGCCAGAGCAGCAUAUAUGUUCAGAGAAUGCCUUAGCUCAACCAAGGGCAAUUCCAGCAAGAGGUAACCUAGCGAUAAGAUUCAACACCUCUGGAUGUAGCAAUACUCCCCAGUACGUCCAGCAUGUCGAGGUGGUGCAUGCCCGCAUCACCCUAAACUUCAACCACCGCGGUGACCUCAACAUCAAGCUGACGUCCCCGUCAGGCACCACGGCCACGCUGCUGCCCUCCAGGCCCAGGGACAGUUCCCCCGAGGGUUUCUCCAACUGGGAGUUUAUGAGCACGCACUCGUGGGGGGAGAACCCAGCGGGGGUUUGGACGCUGGUGAUUCAGAACCACGGCAGCGCCUCAAAUCAUGGUACCCUCAAGCUUUGGACAUUGGUGAUGUACGGCACGGAGGUGCACCCCUUGGAGGACCACAUUGGGCCCAACAACUGCCCCGAGGGCCAGUACCUCUCCACGGACGUCCGCAACGGGAACAGUACAGGUAUCUCCAACGAAACACAAAUAGUCCACACCUGUUGGCCGUGCUACCAAACCUGCAAGACGUGCUUCGGUCCAAAUGACAACCAGUGUCUGGCGUGCCACAACAGCUACAUUAAACGUGACGUGUACUGCAUUACACCGCACCCGUACACCGGAAACGUCUUACUGACCGUGCUGUUGAUGUGUGUGAGCUUGUCAGCGCUAUUCUUUCUGCUGUUUCUCACGCUGCAAGCGUACAGCCAGGGUCUGUGCUGCUGGUCGAUGGGGCCCACACCCACUGAAUGCGGGUCUGACUAUGAGUAUCAAAAACUAACCAAGGAGUUUGAUUCGGAUGGUGAGGAUGAUGCGCGAGUCAUAUACACCGGGAAGACGAUGUCGCCAAUUUGAACCACUCACAGCCUGACUACUAAAAAGAUAAUUUCUUAGAAUUGUUUGUUUUAAGGUAAUUUGGUUUUGUUUUAUUUGUUCUUGUAAAAGUAGAAUUUGAGGAAGUCGAAAUAUAUAUAUUUAUUGUGUAAAUUAAUCAGAGUCUUUUGUUCGAUUGUUAGAAGUAAUUUUGUUGCGGUUGCCCAAUUUCAGAGAGCUGCUGAAUAAAGCACCUAAGCACAACCAACUUCUGCUUACCACAAUAAGGCUACCAACCAAAAUACUAUGUCACAUAUACCAUCAUGGUUAUUGUUUUGCUUAGCAGAAAGUCAGUAAGUAGUAUAUUUCUGCUUGAAAGCAGCUCUAUGAAAUUGGGUCUGUAUUUUGUUCACCCUUCCCAUCUGUAACAACUUACAAAUUAUAAUCAGGUUUGUGUGAAGGUGAUGCACUUUCCAAUCAUCUUUGUGUUCCACUAUUUCUACACAACAUUCACACUCCAAAACUGUCAUAUCUUAAAACAUUAAUAUAUUUAUCAAUUACAGAGUCUAAAUAUUUUGUAACAUACCAUUAAUACUAGUUCAUAAAAAGUCACCAUACAUUUUUUUUUUUGUCAAUUCUAGUUUUUGAAAGUACUGGAAGGCAAAAUCUUGUUAGGAGUGGGAUUUUUUCUGAACACAUGUAUUGUAGUCGGGCAUUAUUAUAUUCCCUCUUUUUUUUAUAUCAUUUAUUUUUUCUAUGUAAAAUCUUUAAAUCUGUUAAUCGUUGUAGGUUGGCCCUUGUACUAAAAAAAAAUGAAGUGAAACUGCCAAAAAGAUUACAAAGCAUUAUUGAAAAAAGUUGUUACCCGAGGAAAACUUAAAAUGGUUUCUUUUCAUGUUGAAUGCUGGCUGCCUCUAGAGGGGUUGGCAAAUAUAUCAAAUCUCAACUUCAGAAUCACAACUUCCUCUUGACUCAUCUUUUCCGUCCCUUGAUAGUCUCCGCUAUGUGUGUUAAAUUACAUCUGCUCUUUUCCAUUCACACUGGCAUAAAAAAAAGCUACCAUUGUUUUGUAGUAACAUUCUUUAGAUCAGCAUUUCCACAGUUGCUCAUUUUCCAAUUUUAAAACGGAAAUCUGAUUUGGUUUCCAUUACUUUGUAGUAGAGACUUGUACAUGUAGUUGACGUUGAACAAAUUUAAAUUUACACAGCUAAGAAAAUUAUUCAGAGAACCAUAUCUUUUUACUCUGGUGGCCAGUUCACACUUUUUCUAAAAUAGCACAAUAUUAAGAAUUGUAGUUAGCCAUUAUAAAUAAGUUUGACUAUGAUGCUUGUAGUUGAUUUUGAACAAAUUUCAACGUACAUUGUCAAGGAAAACUAUUUGAAGAGCCAUAUUUAUUUUUAUUCCUGUGGCCAGUUCACACUUUCUCAAAAAUGGAGUUGUAGGUAUUCAUAAAUAAAGUCAUGCAAAAGUAUAAUAUUCAUGGCUCUGCUUACUGUCAAGUAACAACUCUCCGCUUACUGUGCAAGCGCCAAAUUUCUGCGCAAGCUGUGUUAGUGAAGAGUGCUUAGUUACGUGGUGAAGUACACAGGCACAGCAGACCAACUUCUCUGCUAGGCUGUGAAAUACACCUUAAGAAAGCCUGGAAUUCCCUGCUUCCAUAAAUGCUGACUCUUUGCUUUUGGUAAGCAGAGCCAUAAAGUUGGUCCAAGCUAAGAUUAUCUGUUCUUUUAAUGCUUGAAAAAGCCAUUAACCUUUGACAUGACAUUUAACAUAAUACCGUUAUGCAUUACUCCAAUCAAAUGACAAAGGUCCGUGUAAUACAUUCAAUCCAUUAAACAAAUAAUUAUUCACAUUUUAUUCCAUAAAAAAAUCUAUAUAGUUAGGAAAUUUAGCAUUUGUAUAUAAGAGAUAAUACUUACACCCUAGUGUGCCUUUUAUAUAUCUCCGAGCCAUACAGUAUUUUGACUUUGGCAAGACAUGGUGCAUCACACAGUUCAUGUAGUUGGCUUUCUUUCAUGUCGGGAAAUAUAACGUACAUGUUUCACGUAGGCCCUUUUCGAAUCCACGGCUUCAGCUUUGGAUUCGGCUUCAGGCUCCAUUCUCUCGUCUGAAGCCCUGAGCGCAUAUGCAAAGGACGCGCAAUUGUCAAGAGAACCGUGGGGCCAAGCUAGCCUGAGCCGAAUCCAAGGUUUCGAAGAGGGCCAAAAUGUCAUGCUCUAGGCAUUAUAUUAGGUAUGUUUAUACAUACAUGUACAGUUGUUAUUAGAACUCUAAAUAGCUAUUACUGAUAUUUAUUUGACAAAAGCUUUUCAGUGAGUUUGCUGGUGACUGUCUAGGGAAUGAUAUCGUCAGGCGAUGUUUUGUGCACACUGAAUGCUAUUUUCUUCACAGAGUUGCCCCUCACCUGAAGAAAAAUUCAAGAGCCAGUUUCAAGUCCUGUACAACUGCCAACUAAUUGAUUUCUUUAAAUUUAAUGCACACCUCACUUUGUUACCUCACUCACAGGCUUCACAGUCUGACAUUGGGAUUGGUGAUUUUGAAGCUCCACUAUCUCGCACCCACUAUGAGCAAGUUCGAGUGCCCACAUUUAGUUUACCUGUGAUUAACCCCUGACUAGCAAUGUAUGUACGUUCACGGUGACACACUCACUGGAACGACUCGUUUGGAAGUCUAGUCAAACAUCAAUACAAUGUUUAAUACUUCCAUCGCCUUCCGCCUUUUCGCUAUAGUGUCACUGGUUCCCUUCUUCACUUAAUACAUGUUAGCAUGGAACAGGCUAUCAGGACCAGUAAACAAACCAUGGUCCUGAGGUUGGUUACAAAUGGUGGACCACCAAUGUUCAACAAGUCUGGGUUCGAGUCAAAAAAGUUGACCUUUAGUUAACCAUGGUGCGCACUCGAACUUGCUCCAAGUGGUGAGAAAAACUAAGCCUGAGUUUGUCAAAUACAGUAUAUCCUAUUUCAAUUAUUAUUACUCCUUGAAGAUGUUUGAAUAUUUUUUUAUUAUUACGUGUAUUAGCUCGGAUUAAUUAUUCAAAUUAGGAACUUCCAUAUAAGGUGUACAAAUUAUGUUGAUGUUGUUUCAAGGGAUUUAAAAUUCACUGUCUAAUGUUAUAGUUAGUUCAAACUUGUUUAUUUUGUUUUCAUGAAACUUCAAAGGAAAAGGGACCUUCUGGUUUUUAGUUGGAGGGCACAUCAACCAUUUUGGAAACCAUACCUUUUAAUUGGGUAAACAAAUGAUGUCAUCCUCUAUAAAUAAAUAAUUAGACUAGCUGCUUGUAAAGCUGUCUCAUGGGGGACUUCAACUUUGCUCCUUUUUGAAACGAUUAGAAAGGCUUUCUGUUAAACUGUCCAUUCUAAACAUUGCACCUAAACUUAAAAUUUAAGUCUUUUUUUUUUCCAGAGGUUUAAAAAAAUAAUAUUUUUCUGGUGACAGCAGUUGAAUAUUAUAGAACUUCCAUUGUAGUCUUCUGGGGAAUGUUUGGAGAAACGCUAUGUAUGAAUUAAAUAUAUUGUGUAAAGAAAUGCUGAUUGAAAUGACAUAAAUACUCGCCUACAAUGCAUUCAA